AUGGUGCGCGUGAUCGUCAAGGGCGGCGUGUGGAAGAAUACGGAAGAUGAGAUCCUAAAAGCAGCCGUAUCCAAGUACGGAAAGAAUCAAUGGGCACGUAUCUCGUCGCUGCUCGUGCGCAAGACGCCGAAGCAGUGCAAGGCACGGUGGUACGAGUGGCUCGACCCGUCCAUCAAGAAGAUUGAGUGGUCGAAGGAGGAAGAUGAGAAGCUGCUUCACCUUGCGAAGCUCAUGCCGACGCAGUGGCGCACGAUUGCGCCGAUCGUCGGCCGCACCGCGACACAGUGCCUCGAGCGGUACCAGCACCUGCUCGACGAGGCUGAGUCGCUCAACGACCCGCUCGCCCUCGAGGGGCCCGGCGCAGAGGCCGCGCCGAGUGCGGAUGACGUGCGCCGCCUGCGCCCGGGCGAGAUCGACCCGGACCCAGAAACAAAGCCGGCGCGCCCAGACGCGGUCGACAUGGACGAGGAGGAAAAGGAGAUGCUCUCGGAGGCGCGUGCGCGUCUCGCGAAUACAGAAGGUAAGAAGGCAAAGCGCAAGGCGCGCGAGCGCGCGCUCGAGGACGCACGCCGCCUCUCGAUCCUCCAGAAGCGCCGCGAGCUCAAGGUCGCGGGCAUUUAUACGCGUACGCGCAAGAAGGACAAGUUCCACAUCGACUACUCGAAAGAGAUCCCGUUCGAGCGGCAGCCCGCGCCGGGAUUCUAUGAUACCACGGAGGAGUCGGCACGCGUGUUGGACGCGCCACUCGGCCGCUCCAUCGGCCAGAUGGACAGCGGGGGGCGCGCCGAGCCAGAGCAGGACAAGCGCAAGCGCGAGGAAAAGAAGGCGCCGCAGCCCAAGCAUGACGAGGCGCUGCGCAAGCUCCGCGAGGAGGAGAUCGUGACCAAGCGCCGCAAGCUCUUCCUGCCGGAGGCGUCGGUGGGCGAGCGCGAGCUCGAGCAGAUCGUCAAGAUGGGGCAGGCGGGCAACACCGCCCGCGCUCUGGUGCAGAACGACGAGGGGACGGCGACCGACGGCCUCCUCGGCGAGUACGCCACCAUGGAGGCGCACGAGGCGCCGCCGACGCCAGCGACGCCGUCGACGGGGCACGAAGCGCUCCUGCGCGAGGCGCAGAACCUCAAGCGCCGCACCGAGACACAGACGCCGCUGCUCGGCGACGAUAACGCCACACUCCACGAUACCGCACAGCCCGAGGCGACGCCAGGCGCGACGCCACGCACACUCACCACGCCGGGCGUAGCGCCGGGCGCAACGCCGGGCGCGACGCCGCGCCGCGACACGCUCGGCCUGAACGCCGACGUGCCGGGCACGCCACGCAGCGAAAAGGCCGCGCAGCGCGCCGCAAAGCACGGGCUGCUCGCGGGCCUCGGCAGCCUGCCCAAGCCCAAGAACGACUUUGAGCUGGUCGUCGACAACGCCGAGGACGCCGAGUCUGUCGCCGCGCCGGACGUCGAGGAGGAUGCGGCGGAGCGCGACGCACGCCUCGCGCGCCUCGCCGAGGAGGAGCGGGCGCGCGAGUUUGCGCGCCGCUCGCAGGCGGUGCAGCGCGACCUGCCGCGCCCGCUCGAGGUCGACGCGGAGCUCGCGUCGGAGCUUGCCGUGCUCCACGACGGCGACGCAGUGCAGAGCGCCAUUGACCGCGAAAUGCUGGCGUUGAUGGCGCACGAUGCGCGCCUCUAUCCCCAGCCCGGCAGCCGCCAGAGCGGCGGCGCAUUCGGCACGCUGCCUGCGCUGGACGAUGCGGCGCUCGACACGGCGCGCAAUCUCGUGCACACCGAGCUCGCGACAUCGCUCGGCUUUCCCGGUGCGCGCCCUGAAACGCUGAACACCAUGAUCACGUCCAAGGCCCAGUCGUUCGACUGGCCGACGGUCGAGACGACGUGGAGCGCCGACCACGGCGCGUACGUCGUCAAGGAGGACCUGUCGCCCGAGGCUAUCGUGCGUGGCCACGCGUCGCUCCUCGAGACGCUGCGCGGCCGCAUGAGCGAGCAGGCGGCGGCGGCGGCCAAGGGCGAAAAGACGCUCGGCAAGCUGUUGGGCGGCUACCAGGCGCGCUCCAAGAUGCUUGCCCAAAAAAUCAACGAGGCCGCACAGGCGCACGCCGAGUCGGCGCUUGCGCUCGCCGCGUUUGAGCGCCUCGCGGUCGGCGAGGAGGGCGCGGCGCGCGAGCGUCUCGAGCGCCUCCAGGCUGCCGUGGGGCACCUGCAGCGUGUCGAGGCCGUGGCCCAGGCCGAGUACCGCGACCUGGACGCGGCGCGCACCGAGGCGCAGGAAACCUACGAGGCGCUCCAGACCGAGGCGGAGAUGCGCCGCGCAGAGAUGGCCUUGAUGGCAUAG